AGUUGUUCAAAGCUUCAACUUAGAAUAUAAGAAGAUAAGGGACCCCCAACAACCGAACCGGAAACUGCGGACAAUGCCUUACAGGAGAGAGGUCGAGCUGCAUGACUGUAGUAAUUCAAAACUGGAAGAGUUGAAAUGCAGAUACUAUAAGGAUUUGAGAGAUGGAGAAGACAGAAUCAGGGGAUCGGGAAAGUAUUUCCUGUGUCCAUAUUGUCAGGAUAAGAGAGGUAAUGAGUAUGAUAUGCAAGGGCUCCUAAGGCAUUCUUAUAGGAUAGGUUAUGCUUCAAAGUCUUCAAGUUUGAGAGAUAAGGCUAGACAUUUAGGGUUGCUUAAGUAUUUAGAGAGGCAUAGAUAUGCUGAAAGUAAUGCUAGGCUUCCAUCGCCCAGUGAUCCUUCUACCCAAGGAGCUGAUGAAGAAACUUUUGUUUGGCCUUGGAUGGGAAUUGUUGCUAAUAUUCCUGUAGUAUAUAAGGAUGGAAAGUUUGUUGAUGAAAGUGGUCAAAAACUGAAAAUGGAGUUGGUUGCCAAAGGAUAUAAUCCAGUGAAGGUUUAUACAUUGUUGGCCAACAGGGGGUUUUCAGGAUAUGCCGUUGUUGAAUUUAAUUCUAACUUUUCUGGAUUUGCAAAUGCAAUGGCAUUUGCACAGGAGUUUGAACUGGAUAAGCAUGGUAAGCAAGAAUGGUAUUCAAGUUUGAAAGAUGAGUCAGAUGACAAUCUUUAUGCAUGGAUUGCUGGCAAGGAAGAGUACAAUUCAAAUAGUAUUGUUGGGGAUUAUCUAAGGGGAAAUGGAGAUUUAAGAACCAUUUCUGAGAUCCAAAAUGAGAAUAGAAAAGAAAACUCCCAACUAUUUUCCAACUUGGUCAAUGAGUCGGAGUCAAAGUACAAGGAAUGUGAAGAGACGGAGAAAAUGAUAAGUAAAACUGAAGUUUUAAUGGGCAAUGUGAUGAAAGAAAAAGAGGAGAUGCUCUCAGUGCAUAAUAAAGAGUUGGAGAUGAUACAUCAGGAGGCACUGAAACUGGUGGAAACCUUUUUGAGUGAGCAGGAGACAAGUAAACAACAAUUGGAUGAUCAUGAAAAAGAGCUGAACCUGCGAGAAGAUGAAAUAAGACAGUGUGAAAAACUUAAUGAAAGUGAGAAAAUGAAGCUUGACUGUGAGAAAGAAAUGGAAAUGCACAGGAUGAAGGUUAAAGAAAAAUUUGAAAAGUGUGUAAAAGAGAAAUUGUUGGAAAUCUGCAAUAUACUUGACAUACCUAUUGCCAAGGCUACAUCAAAGAAGGAAGAUGUAGUUGUAAAGUUGAUGGAAUUUUUGGAGGCACCUCAUGCUACGACUUCUGAACUGCUUGCUGAAAAAGGGCAGUCAAGCAAGGGAAAGCGUAAGAGGGCUAGCAAUAAAAGUGGAUACUCUGCUUCUGGAAGUUCAAAAGGCUCAGCUAAGAGUCGCAAGACUGAGAGUGGAUCUAAGAAGGGUGAGAAGAAGAAGGACAUACAUGAAUCAGAAAAUGAGUCAGAGGAAGAACCAGAACAUGAAGAAAAAGCUAAUGGUGUUUCCGACAGAUCAGAGGAUGAGAUGUCAGACCAUUCUGACAGUGAUAAGAAAGAUGAUGAUUCCGAUGAUGAGCCUGAGGAGGUUAAGAAAAAGAAACCAAAGUCAAAGAAGUCAGUACCAAAGGAAUCUGAAGAUGAGUCUGAGGAAGAUAAGAAAAGUGAAGAACGUAAGUCAAAGAAGUCAGCAUUAAAAGACUCCGAUGAUGAAUCUGAAGAAGAAGAAGAGAAACUUAAGAAAAAACAGAUCUCUAAGAAAUCAUCAUCAAAGAAGGAAUCUGCUAGAAAAUCCAAGACCAAAAAUUCCGCUACCCCAAAAAAGUCUACCCCACCCAAAAAGACUCCCACAAAGACAUCCAUUCAUCCUAAAGUUAAUGAUGGUAAUGAUGCAAGUCCAAAAGCAUCCUCAAAGAAGAAAAAAACUGAAGCAGCAAAAGAAAAAUCCUCAAAUUCAAAGAAGCCUGCUUCUAAAGAAAAUAAAGGGAAAAAGGUUGUGAAGGCAAAGGAUCAACCCAAGAAAGAUAAAAUAAAGCCGACUGAUGAUGAGCUAAGAGAAUCAAUUUGUGAAAUCCUUAAAGAAGUUGAUUUCAACACGGCUACCAUAUCAGACAUUCUAAAGCAACUUGGCAAGCAGUAUGAUACAGACAUCACACCCAGAAAAUCAUCAAUAAAACAUAUGAUCGAGGAUGAGCUUACAAGACUAGCAUAUGAAGGAGAUGACGAGGAAGAUGAACUAGUGCUGUAAAAGGUGAAAUGCAGGCUUCUUCUUGUCAAGGUGCGGAGACCUGAAAACGUGUCUCCCACACAUCCCUUGCUCCAUGUUGUGUAAUGUUGUCCACCCCCCCCCCCACUCUUGUAUUUUGCAAAUGCUGUAAUAAUCAGGAUACCCACCCUUACUUUUGAAGUUCUCUAGCUAGAUUAAUGCAGCAUCAUGCAUGUUUGGAUUGAUCAUA